AUGGCCGGCACAAAACGCACCUGGGACGGCCAACCCCUCGAACCCGCAACCAUGACCUCCGCCGCCCCAGCCCCCGCCUCAAUCCAAAGCAUGUUCGAAACCUUCCGCAACGAACUAGACGAACACCACGACCGACGCGAGCGCCUAAUCAAAACCAGCCGCGACAUCACAGCUCUCAGCAAGAAGAUAAUCUUCUCCCUCCAACGAAUCCGCACCCCAGCCUCCCCCCUCCCCCCCGCCAUCGCAACCGAAACCACCCACCGCUUCACGCAAAUCACGCGCCUCUUCGAAUCCACCCUCCCCGACCUCGCCACCCUGCACCGCCACCGCUACCAGCGCCAACUCAGCGGCGCGAUCCAGGAGUUCAUCGAAGCGCUCUCCUUCCGCCACUACCUGACCACCCAGACCCUCAUCACCAUGCCGGAAGUGCGGGCUCACCUGCCGGACGGCAUCCCGCUCACGGAGGAGGAUUACCUGAUGGGGGUUUUCGAUCUCACGGGGGAGGUGAUGCGGUUUGCGGUGACGGGGUUGUCAACGGCCACGAUUGAGGGUGCAAAUCAUGGUACUACCAGCAAGAAGGACGGGGACGGCAAGAAAAUCCACCUCCGCCCCGAGCAAACCGCCAUCGUCGUGGAUCUCCGGGCGAUGCGGUCGGCCAUCGAGCUCCUGAGUAUCCCGCGACGGCAUGCCGGGGCCAUGUUCCGGGAUAUCGGCCGCAAGACCGAGGUGAUGCAGGGGUCUGUGGAGAAGGUGGAGCGCGCGGCGUAUGGGAUCCUGGUGCGCGGGAGUGAGCGGCCCAAGGGGUGGAGGCCGGAUUUCGGGGGGGAUUCUUAUCUGAUUGAUUGA